AUGACUUCCACAGUGGGAGGCGGCCACGAAGCCACCGAGCUCGACGUCGAAGCUCUCGCCGAGGAGCUAUCACGGUCUUCGAUCCACGACCCCGUCGGGCAUCUACUGGUCCGGCUCGACGAUGCACAAGGCUACGACAGGCUGCCGCAGCCCACCUUGCCGCCCGAGGUGCUCGAGAGGGUGGUGCGACACAUCCAACCCGACGUGCUGGUUGGAGACCCUGUCGCCUACAUUACGCUGGUGCGGCUCAGCUGCGUCAGCCGUCUCAUGCGCCACUGGGCGCUCGAAGCACUCUACUCGGUCAUCAUCCUUCCGCGCCACGUUCGCGAGUUCCGCAAGUGGUACUCGCGCUCCGUCAAGUCGCAACCGGCCUUCCAGUUCGCAGGCUACAGCCGGGCGCUCUUCAGCGGCUUGGACGAUGUAUCCAGACUGACCUCCUUCUCCGCCGGCUGGGAUCACGAGCUCCUGCGCCUGCUGCACUACUGCGGCCCAACGCUCACACACCUCUCGCUGUGGCGUUCCGAGUCGAUGGCGCUGCUGCGCGAUCCGGGUCAAGUUCGCGAGGGCUACCGCUUCGGCACGUCUCAGCCCGUGCAGGUGUGGGGAGACAAGGAGGCGGACGCCGAAGUCGAGGUGGCCGAUGACGAGGACGACGGUUUUGUUGCACCGCCCGAGGCAGCUCAUGCGGACGACCUGUUCAGCAAAGAGGAGCUCGACGACAUGCCCGGCUGGCUUCAGGCCGAGAUCAGGCUGCAGGGUACUCGAGCCGUCACGAUCCGACACAAGGCGCAUCUGACGCCCACGCGCCGAAUCACGCGUCGCCAACAGGGCUGCCAGCCGACGCAUCUCAGCAUCAUGAUGAGCUUGCCGCUGCUGGAGCACGAAGAUCCGAAAGUGUUCCCCAGGAUGCUCAUCUGGCACCGGGUGCAGGAGCUCGACGUGCACAUUUCCACCCCUGGCCACACGCCCAGGAUCUUGCGGCUACUUGCGAGCCUGCGCGAGUCUCCAAUACGUCGGCUGAGGAUUUCGACGAGCUUCUCUUCGCUAUGCAUGAUGACGCCGCCCUUUCCGCCGUCCAGGCGGGAGCAGGAAGCCCGGGAGAAUGGUGAAGAACUCGAGAUGAACGAUCGCAGCGGGACCUUCGCCGCCGAGUCACCGUAUGGAAGCAAUAAGCCUGCUCUCAACCUGUGUGAUGCGCUUACAAGCAUCUUGCGGGAUGAGGUGCUGCGAGGGGUGCUGAUCGACGAGCUGCAAGGCAAGCCGCACACCGCCGUCGCUCAUCUGGAGCACUUGAUGCUUCGGUGCUGCCUCGACGGUCCCAACCGACGAUGGAGCAGCAAGCCAGACUGCGUCGACGUUGCUGAUCCAAGCACGCCUGCUUCGGCAUUCGAUACGCAGGCCAGGUCGUCGUCUCGGCCGGCGUGGGCAGCGGGUCGGGCGAGCGACUUUCGUCUAACCAUCACGCGCGGAAACCAGGCCUUGUGGGCCAAACUCAAGGACCGCCUGUGGGACUUUCGCCAGCGAGCCGAAGGGCUCAGCGAAGGCUCGUGGGAAAUGCUGUCAUAG